AUGGUUAAUGUCAUAAAGGGCGUUCUUAUCAAGUGCGAUCCGGCUAUGAAACAAUUUCUCUGCCAUUUGUCUAACAAUCUUGCUCUCGGUACUCAAUUUGUCUUAUCCGAUCUGGAUGAAUGUCAUUUAUUUGUCGAUCAAGGCGUGGUCGGACGACUCCAAUCCAAGGUUGACGAACUUUUAGAAAAACUGUCCAACCCUCCUAAUAAAACCGAUGAAUGA